AUUAAUCUAAUAUUAAAUUCAAUAAUUAUUAUUAUAACAAUCAUAACAAUUAUUUUAAUAAUAAUUACUACCCUAAGAAAAAAAACAAUUCUUGAUACACAAAAAUCAACACCAUUUGAAUGUGGGUUUAAUCCAAUAUCUUACAAUCGAUUACCGUUCUCCAUCCACUUUUUUAUAAUUGCAGUAAUCUUCUUAAUUUUUGAUAUUGAAAUUAUCCUAAUUAUACCUAUAAUUCUUACUAUAAAAAUAGUUAUAUUAAAAUACUGAAUUAUUACCUCAAUAACCUUUAUUUUAAUUCUAAUUUUAGGUUUAAUACACGAAUGAAAAAACGGAAUGCUUAAAUGAACUGAAUAA